AUGGCGAGGAGGCCACACGGCCUUUCUUGCUGCUGCGGCCGCGAGCGCGGCAGCUGGACCGUCUGGGGGAGGCGCUGGAGCAUUUGCUGCAGCCGCCGCCGCCGCCGCUGCCACUGGAGAAUGGCCGGAUUGGUGGAGGGCUUCGGCUGCGGCAGCGGAGGCUCUAGGGCCUGAUUGGCUCGGUUGGCUUGGUCCAGAGGCCGGUGCCACCGGAGGAAUCGAAGAGGAAGUGCCCAUUGUGGCCAAUCCAAGUCGCCGUCGUGCUGGGAGAGGUGGUAUUGGUGCGAGAGCUGGCCGUGCAACAAGGCCACCGGAGCGUGCUGUGUCUACGGAUGUUGAUGUCGACCUCACUGAUUCCAGGUGAUAAAUGCUACUGUUUGUAAUACACAUUCCAUAAUGACUUGCUAAUGGAGAAUGCCUUGUGUUAGAAGAAGAUAGGUUGUUUUUGUAUGAAAUUGAUGAGCCAUUCAUGUUUGUGAUGCGUGUUUAUAACAUGUCAAAGCCAUACUGUCAAAACUGAGAAAAAGCCAUACUUCGGCUUAUAACAACCUUUUCUUUGUUGCCAACAGCACUGCCGAUUGGUGCGAUGAGAAUACCCGAAUAGUGUGUGAGCUUUUUGCAGCCGAAGUACUGAUAGGAAAUCGUGAUAGCACACAUUUAAAUAAGGCUGGGUAUAAGAAUGUAAUGGAAAAAUUCAAACAGAGGACUGGGAUUGAGUACAAUAGAAAACAAUUCAAAAAUAAAUGGGAUAGGUUGAAAAAUGAUUAUGUUAUUUGGAAGAAAUUGAUAAAUAAGGAGACGGGCAUUGGAUGGGAUGCAACUCAUACAAAUAUUGUUAUGCCAGAGGCAUGGUGGAAGAAGACAGCAAAGGUGAGUGCAACAUUACCAGUACAUUUUUUGCCUCUUUUCAGGCACUAAUAGCUUAUGAUGGUUAUGUGAUAAACCAUUCUUUUAUUUCAUUGCAGGCUAUAAAGGGAGCUAACAGAUUUAAGAAUAAGGGCCUUCAAAAUGAGGACCAGCUGGGGAUUAUGUUUGAAGAUCUUCGCAACACUGGUGAUGAUCAUUGGUGUGCCUCUAGUGGUGUACGGCCAUCUGAGGCAAACUUGACUCGUGAGGAUGCACCAUUGCCUGUUGACGAUGAUGAGGAUGAUGAUGCAGCCGACGAUGAUGAUGACAGUGAGGCAGAAGAAGUGACACCUACAAGUGUGAGAGGAAAGAGAGCUAGAGUGACUGAGAGCACCAGGGGAAGGAAACCAAAGACUGCUACUGGUCAAUGGUUUCAAGAACAGAUGGGGAAAAUUGUGGAGAUGAAUGAGAGAACGACCGCAUCAUGUGAGUCUAUUGCAAGGAGGGAGGAUACAUCUGGUUGUUCCAUCCAAGAUGUAAUGGCAUUGGUUAAGAAUUGUGGUGCUACAACUGGGACAAAUGAACACUUCAUUGCAUCCAUAGUUUUUACCAAGAGAGCGGAAAGGGAGAUGUUUAUGACUUUAGACACUGCCGAGGAGAGAUUCCAGUGGCUGACAAAAAAGUAUGAGUGGAUGAAUAGAAAUGUUGUGGAUAAGUAGAACAGUUCGUAUUUGUAUGAACCCUUGUAUCCUUUUUAAUUUGCAUGAACCCUUGUAGUACAUUUGUUCCUGUAUAACUUCCAAUAAUUUGUGCUAGUUUGUUUGAAUUCCAAUAAUUUGUGCUAGUUUGUUGUCUUGUUACUACUAUUAUUCAUGGUAUUGGUUGUUGCUUAUUCAUGUGUCCUGUUUAAAUGACAGUGGUUCUUCUGAUGCUGAUGAGUGGGCUUCAAAGACUAUUGAGUUGAUUCGGUCGGUGCAGAACAAUCUUUUUGCAAGCGCUGUUGUGGCAGGGAAAUAUUUUAUGACAUAUCAUGACAAGCAUGAAACUGCUAUGCCAGGUCAAAGUGGGUAUGGAUGGACUCUGGAAAAACUUAACACUCCAGGUCAAAGUCAUAAGAUGUUUAGGAUGACUGCAUCUCUCUUUUACAAGCUGCAUGAUCUGUUAGUGAGUACUUAUGGGCUCAAGUCAUCCCUUCAUAUGAACUCUAUUGAAUCACUUGCCAUCUUUCUAGUUGUGUGUGGUCAUGGUUGGUCUAAUAGUGGUCUACAUGGUGUAUUCAAGCGUUCUGGGGAGACAAUUAGCAGAAAAUUUGAUGAGGUCCUCAUGUGUGUGGUGGCUAUGUGUCAGGAUUACAUACGACCAAUUGAUCCUAAUUUCUGUACAACACACACUAGAAUUACUGGAGAUCGGAGGAUGAUGCCAUAUUUUAAGGAUUGCAUUGGAGCACUAGAUGGUACUCAUAUUUCAGCAACACCAUCUCAGCAUGAUUUUAUUAGAUACAUUGGACGAACCGGGAAAGCAACCCAGAAUGUUCUUGCUAUUGUUGACUUUGAUAUGCGAUUUACAUAUGCUUCUAUAGGGCAACCUGGCUCUAUGCAUGACACUAGUGUGCUCUUUCAUGCAUUGGAAAAUGAUCAUGACACAUUCCCACACCCUCCUGUAGGUAUGUUAACCUAUUUGUAUGUAGAAUGCUAACGUUAGUACAUCUUCUAAUUACUUCCUUAUUUGUCUUUCCACAUUUGUGUCUAGGGAAAUAUUACGUUGUCGAUGCCGGAUACCCAAAUCGGCCUGGAUACUUGGCGCCAUACAAGGGUGAAAGAUACCAUGUACCUGAUUGGCGGAGAGGUCCGGCUCCUAGUGGUGAGCAAGAGCUUUUUAACCAUUUGCACUCCAGUAUUCGUAAUGUGGUAGAGCGUACUUUUGGUGUUUGGAAAAUGAAAUGGAGAAUCCUUCUCAAGAUGCCGAGUUACCCUUUGGAAAAGCAAAUGAUGAUGGUUGCAGCUACCAUGUGUCUUCAUAACUAUAUUCGUGAGAAUCAUGCCCUAGAUAAACAUUUUCGAAAGU